GGAACCCCGGGAAAGGGCGGGACCGGGCGGAGCUGGGCGUGGGGCGCAGCGAGGCUAGGAACCGGCCUUGAGCUCGUCCCGCGUGGGGAGAGCAGAGCUCAGGGGGGUGCCAGAGCCGGAGACUGGGAUAGCGAACUCAGGGCUGAGUGACCGGAAGAGAGCCCGGCCCGAGGUGAGGCCCAGAAUCGGGAAUUGAGAGAAGGAGCUGGCGCCUGAGGCAGCAAGUUGGAGUGGAUACUCGGGACGGGAUACCUUUUCAAAAUGUCAGGCUGUUGCAUUUUGUCCAAUUCCUCUUAACUUGGUUUUUCAUAGCGGGCAGUCCUAAGCCCUCCCACUCCCCCCAUCAUUGCAUUCAUGACCCGAUUCCCUCAAGUCCAGGUGGUGCCGGAAUUCCUCUUUGUGCAGCUCAGGACUCCUGCUCUUUGUUGGCUGCUGCUUUUAACUAGAUAUGCUGUCACACAAGUAAAUAAAGACAUGGCCACUUACGGCCCAACAGGACACAUGCAACUGCCCCGAGCUGAUGCCAUUCGUUCCCGUCUGAUUGAUACUUUCUCUCUCAUUGAGCACCUGCAAGGCUUGAGCCAAGCUGUGCCACGGCACACCAUCCGAGAGAUACUUGAUCCUUCCCGUCAGAAGAAACUCAUGUUGGGAGAUCAACACCAGCUUGUGCGCUUCUCCAUAAAGCCUUGUCACGUAGGACGGAUCACACAUGGCCAGAGGCUGAUGAGUACCCUUCGAGUGCGCUGUAGCCAGAGGCCCCCUCUUUCCUUGUGGGCUGGAUGGGUUCUUGAGUGUCCUCUCUUCACAAACUUCAUCAUCUUCCUCAUCUUUUUGAACACGAUUGUACUGAUGGUUGAAAUAGAAUUGCUUGAAUCCUCAAAUGCCCAACUGUGGCCACUGAAGCUGACUCUGGAGGUGGCAGCUUGGUUCAUCUUGCUUGUUUUCAUCUUGGAGAUCCUUCUUAUGUGGAUAUCCAGCUUUUUCCUCUUCUGGAAGAAUGCCUGGAAUGUCUUUGACUUUGUUGUGACCAUAUUGUCCCUGAUUCCUGAAACUGUGGUUCUGGUAGGGGUAACAAGCCAUUCUGUCUGGCUCCAGUUGCUGAGGAUCUGCCGGGUGCUAAGGUCUCUGAAACUUUUUGCACGAUUCCCUCAAAUUCGAGUCAUUAUUUUGGCCCUGGUCAGGGCCCUCAAGAGCAUGACCUUCCUGUUGAUGUUGCUGCUCAUCUUCUUCUACAUUUUUGCUGUGACUGGUGUCUACUUCUUCGAGAAUUACACCCGUUCAACUCGCCAGGACCUGGAGUAUCACAUGUUCUUCUCGGACCUGCUGAACUCCCUAGUGACGGUGUUCAUGCUUUUCACCAUGGAUCAUUGGUAUGCCCUGCUUCAAGAUACCUGGAAGGUGCCUGAAGUUAGCCGCACCUUCAGCAGCAUCUACGUCAUUCUCUGGUUGUUACUUGGUUCCAUUAUCUUUCGAAAUAUCAUAGUAGCCAUGAUGGUUACUAACUUCCAGAAUAUCAGGAAUGAGCUGAACGAGGAGAUGACACACCUGGAGGUUCAGCACAAAGCUGACAUUUUCAAGCGGCAGAUCAUCCAGAGGAGACAAAACCUAUCUCCUGAGGUACAGAGAUCAAGUCUUAGCAAAAUGGAUGCCAGAGAUGCCAGUCAACAAGAGGAAUAUAUGGACUUAACAGAAGCUUCUGAAGAAGAGUCUAAACACAGUGCCACAAAAGAAGGUUCAAGAGCAUCUAGGUCAAAAAUAAAGAAGACCUUGUCAAAACCAAAAACGUCCACAUCUUCCACUUUCUUUUCCUCCUCUUCCUCAUCUUCAUCUUCCUACUGUUCCUCUUCUGACUCCAGAUAUGUUGAUCCUAUUGGUCAGUUGGACUGGGAGACUCAUGUGCACCAGAAUCUGCCUGGGCUAAUGGAUAUGGAUCAGGAUGAACGUGUUGUUUGGCCUAGAGAUUCACUCUUCCGAUAUUUUGAGUUGCUAGAAAAGCUUCAGUAUAACCUAGAGGAGCGUAAGCGGUUGCAAGAGUUUGCAGGUAUGAAUUUAGGGCAGUCAGGGGACUAGGAGUUAAGACCACUGGAGGAGCAUAUAUAACUGGGUAGUAGGAGGGUAUUCUUUAUUUUGGCAUCUCAGCCUCUAAAUUUCCACCUCCACACCUAAAAAAAGCAAAUCCAUGAGCAAGAUGUGAAACAGGUAUUGCCUCCUUCAAAAAGGUUCAUUGUUACCCCACUCUUUCCAAUUGUCCUCAGCUCUGCCUCCCCAUUUAUUCUGGGGAGAACAGGGUGAAAGGGUGAAGAAGGUAACAAGUGGCUUCUUUAAUCCUGGUUAAUUCAUUUAUGGCAAAGAGGACAGGCUCAUAUAGCUUACUUUAAAAAUUUGAGUGGAAACCCAGAACCCAGAAAAGCAGAAUCUUCACCAAACGUGUAUGUUCUGAACAUUUUUAACUCUCAAGCCUCACAGUCUGUUUCUUCACAGUGCAGGCAAUGAUGAACUUUGAAGACAAGUAAAGCUGACAAUGGAUGGCUUCGAUAUCUUUGGCAAAAAUUAAUGAAGGGUAUAGUUGGAAAUGGAGAAUUCAAAGUAUAAAUGCCUAAUAAAUACUGCUGAUAAUUGUG